AUGAGCGACGUCAUUUACCGGCGACUUCUGGGCUUACUCGGGAUCGGACACGAGAAAUCCCCAUGUACGACGAGAUGUAUUUCCACGUCUGUAUUCCCCGAAACGGGUCCGCACAAGUCGCUGGUUGCGGGUGGGAAUCAUACACUUCGAGUGCCCCCCUCCCAACCUGACGGUGCUGUUGGGAUCACGUCUCAGCUGGCUGGGAGUUCUCGAUACUUGUGUCGACUACGGGUGCGAUAUUCGCUUGCGGUCCGGGACCAAAGGCGAGCUUGGCCUGGGCGACAAUCUCGGGCAUGGCACACUCGAUCGCCGUCAUGGACAACGGCGAGGUGUGGGGAUGGGUGCAGGCAGGAAGGGGCAGCUUGGACAUCCAAUGGAGAAGACUGUCGGUAUACCGCGCUGCGUGCAGAUGGGUAUGCAGUUGCAGCGGCAGGGUGUGGACGAGCAAGGCAUGCGAUGCUGGGGGGCAAAGGAAGAUUCAGGCUUGAGGAGGACACGCCGGAGCAGGGAGAGAUGCGAGGCUGGAGGCAAGUCGGAGCUGCAUGGGGGAGCGUGUUGGUGCUGAAGGCGGAUGGUACGGUGAAAGGAUGGGGGAGGAACGACAAGGGACAACUUCCACCCAAGGGGCUGCAGGGUGUGCAGGAGAUGGCAGUGGGCAGUGAGCAUGGGCUUGCCGUCGUGGGAGGGAAGGUGGUGACAUGGGGCUGGGGUGAGCAUGGGAACUGUGGUCUCGAUCGCAGCCAGAACGGCGGCGAUGUGAUCGGUGGGGUUCAUGUAGUCGAGGUUCAUGGAACGGCCAAGAGG